GCGAUUAGUAAAUACUUAAAUAGUAAUCGCAGUAACUCGAAGCGUUGGAGUGGUUACUGUGCGGCGAUGUGCGCCUUUCAGGAAUUACUUUAAAAUUGAGUUCAAACAAAAAAAAACUUCCGUGUUGACAAGCUUCACGUGGAACUGCAGACCUUUUAAGUUUUCAGCACCAGAUUCUUGUGUCAGGCACUAGAUAGUUAUCAACAAAAUGAUAGUACAGAAAUGUUUCUUUUGUUGGAGUUUAAAAUAUGGAGUUUACAGUUGGACAGUUAUUCAGUUGAUUCUUAGAUUAGGAAUAAUGUGUGGCUUGUAUUGGAUACCAGAUACUAUUGCUGACACGGGACGCGAAAAAGUACUCAGCGCAGUGAUGAGUACAAUAUUGGGAGCCAUAUUUGGAUGGUUGGUUUGGUCUGUCCUAAUUUUAGUAGUCGCCUUAAAAGGAAUAGCAGAGAGACGGUCAAUGUUAGUGUACCCCUACAUGUUUUUGCUUAUCCUAGAAUUCGUUCUCCUAGUAGUGUCUGGAAUUUUAAUGAGUGCACUACAAACACCAUGGUACAUUUUUCAAGCUCUUAUUUCUUGCGGUACUCAUGGAUAUGCGUUCAUCUGUACCAUCAGUUUUUAUAAAAGCAUUAAGGCACAAGAGAAAGGACUACACGAAGUAGAGGCAAUUCCAUUUAAAACUGUUUGAUGUGUCCUUAUUAUGAAACUGCAACACUAUUUGAAUGCGCAGUUCGAUAACAUUACGUUUAUAAUUCGGAUCAAUUAUUUUUUAUAUUUACACUAUUGUUUAAAUACACGAUUUUUUGUUUUUUUAUGUCAUA